CUCAAAUGUUUCUUUCCACUGGUACAUAAUUAGUUAACUACUAGUAAUUACAUUAGAGUUCUCCUUAGCUUUUUUUUUAUUAAAAAACCACUUCAGCCUUCUUUCUGCCUCGUCGAAUCCCGUCGCGAGGAUCAUAAACCCAAGCUUAUUAAGUUCUUACAAAGUUCACACGCGCCAUUACCGCGAUACACGAAUCUGCCUACACUCAACCUUUCAGUCACCGAUAUAUCGAUAUACCGAUAAAUAUUUAACACGGUCCAACCCUCCGGCAAAGCAAGAUGACUGGUCGUGGCGGUGGUGGUGGUCGCAAGAUCCUGCUCCCCCCUAUCAACUUUAUCUUCAAGCUACUUCAAACGCACGCGACGGUGAAGAUCUGGCUAUUCGAGCAAUUGUCAAUUAGAAUUGAGGGGAAGAUUCGAGGAUUCGACGAAUUCAUGAAUCUCGUUGUCGACGACGCCGUUGAGGUGAAGCAGAUUACGAAGACGAAUCCGGAGGAGAAGCGAAGACCCCUAGGACAAAUCUUACUUAAGGGCGAUAAUGUGUCCCUAAUCCAAGAAGCAGUAUGAGGCGGUGGAAAGGCAUUGGACGCGAUUAGGAGGUCGAAUCACGAAGACUUACACUU